GUCGCGUAGGUGAGUAGGUACCUAAUCUAGGUUAUCUUACACAGAAAUGUCAAAACACAAUAGAUUGUUUGUUUUCUGCAAGCAUCACAAUAUCUUCCAUUUCCGUUAGAUCACCAACAUUUUCUGACCAGGACUUUCUUUGUCGACCAUGUCUUUGCACAAUCUCAUAGACGAGUUUGCCCUCAUUAGUGCAAGCCCGGAUGGAUGUCAAUCAACAGAUCCAUCGUGUGUAGCAGCUGUCUUCUCACAAUCGUCGUCACCCUUGAUCCUUAAGACCUGGUAGUACCGCAACAGCUUCACCCCUUAAACCGUUCCAGCUUCUACGGGUCAAAUUGAGAGAUGACUCGGCUCUGCAGCCAAGAUCCCAUGGUCCAGUGCGGUGAGAAGUGGUGACUCAAAUUCCUGUGGAAUGACGGCAAGGCCACCCUCGGGUCCAUGUCGGGCGCCAUCGAGGGAAUGACCACGGCCGCGACGAACCUGAUGCGCGUCACAAACGAAGACCCUCUCGAGAACCGGACCGCCGACCCCUUUUCCGUCUCCGUUAGGGGCAUCACCUGGAAGAACGAGUUGUGCAUCCGCCUUGACUGGCCCUGGGCUGACGAUGAGAAUAUCGCGUUGCGUGCUAGCUGCGACAGAGGUAAGCGGGAAGAAGGGGAAAAGGAACGAGACGAAAGUAUGGACUUGUUCGAUUUAAAAGGUAUAGAUGUUAAGAUCAAUAAGAUCACAAUGGUGUUCAAAAGGUUGUCCAGC